AUGGAUUUACCCCAUGUCACCAACCAAGAUGCGAUCAUCUCUCCAGCACUUCACCCACUCGCAAUCGGAGAGAUUAACGAGGGCCUACAACCUCCCCAAGAAACAUUGAGGGUGUUAUCUAUUUUGACAGAUGCUGGAAUACAGUGUUGUUUUGUUCAAGAACAAGCGCUAAUAUACUAUGGAACAGCGCGCGUACCACGUGACCUAGUGUUAUGCAUACAGGACGAGCAAUUCGAACGCGCGGUAGAGCUUUUUGCCUCUCACCCAGAUAUUCUCGAGUCCUGUGGCCCAAAUCCCCUCAAAUCGCCGAAUUUGCUGAACCACAAGUAUCCUAGGUUUAAGGCCAUAGGGUGGGCCUCUUUCUGGCUACUAGUGCCGGGAGAUUACUGCCAUCUCACUGUUGAACCCGAGAACAUAGAGUGGAGUCUAGGUGGCUUGCCGUACCCCAAGCUUCCAGUGUACGUGCAAAGCGCGAUUGACUCCAAAAGUCUAUUAGACCUAGAAGAGUUGAUUGAUGGGAUGAAUCUCGCGGAGGAGUGGGGUCAUAGGGAACUCGAUCUAGAAGGCCAUACCGAUACAAAAUGGCUGGAAGAUUAUGCUCAGGCUUUUCGGAAUGAUGGGGUAGAUGAAAUGUUCAUUUUCGUGGACCCUACUCCUGUAUCUCGGAAAGAUAUCUGGACGCAUGCAGUUCGAAAUAAACACCGGCGGUUAGGAUGGAAAUACUCGGCGGAGACCCACGCGACUAGAUAUCGGAAAUACGGGUCUAAGGAUCCACGAAGUGUCCCCAGACCUGGUAUGUAG